UCAGCAUGAAAGUAGUAUAUAGGCACCUCAAACCUCCCUGAGGGACAGGACUCAGGGGGCGACUCUGGCUGUGCACGCUUCUUACCACCACUAGAGCCAGCCACAGUCAUGACCAGACUCUUCCCCAGCAGCCUGCUGCUACUCGCAGCGGCAGUUCCCGCCAUCCUCGCUGCGCCCCCUCUCCUCCUCCCCCGCGCGCCAACACCACCUACGGCCCUGCCCCAGCGCGCCACCGCCAACGACCUCCGCUGGCAACCUUCGCUGGACUUCGACACGGACGGCUGCUACAACGUCCCCGCCAUCGACGCCCAGGGCAACAUCGUGCAGGGCCUGCCUCAUUCGUGGACGGGCACGUCGACCGACUGCCGCGACCUAUCAGACCUGAACAACAACAACGUCUACUCGCGCCAGCGCUGCAACAACGGCUGGUGCAUCUACCUGUACGGCUACUACUUCGAGAAGGACGUGGCCAUCCCCAACUUCCUGGACACGGGCCACACCCACGACUGGGAGCACAUCGCCGUGUGGGUGCGCCAGUCGACGGGCCGGGCCGAGUACGUCGCGGCGUCGCAGCACGGCAACUACGAGAUCAAGCCCGCCGGCGAGGUCCGCUGGGAUGGGGACCAUCCCAAGAUGGUGUACCACAAGGACGGGGCGAGCACGCACUGCUUCCGGUUCGCCAACGCCGACGACGACCGCAUUGAGAAUGCGAAGGGGGUGUGGUUCCGCGGCGCGCUUGUUUCGUACAAUGGCUUUCCGUCAACGGCCGUCAGGGAGAAGCUGUUUGCGUACGACUUUGGGGCUGCGACGAUUGAUUUCAAGGACUCGACUUUUGCUGGGGCCAUCGCCAAGGCGAAGCCGUCCGCUGUCACGUUUGAUGUGAACGCUGAUGUUGGCUCGCCAGGAAGUCCUUGAGUGUUGGACGGAAGGACGGAUUCAAUUGGUUCUUGGACAUGAUAUAUUGGAUAGAAUCCGAGAAAAGUGUACCUAUGUGAGAUUUACAGGGACGAUCUCAGGGAGCUUGCUAACUGCUAUCGGACUCGGACAGUCGCAAUAUUACAGAUGUAGCGUUAAAACUUUGUACGCUGUCAAUGAAUAACUCAUCAUAGUAGCAUCAUGGGAAAUUUCAGACAGUCAUCGGUAUGUAUACACGGGGGUUUGUUUAUAACUAUGUUUCGGUUGACGGUCAAUGUGAAAUAAAACAUAAGGUAACAUUUGAGGCUCAGCCUAUUGCAUUAAGU